AUGUCAACGAGUCCUACUUCCUCCAGGGUUGUUGCACGGCAAGCAUGCGAUGUAUGUCGCCUCCGGAAACGAAAAUGCAGCUUUGGUUCCCAGGGCAGCCUGCUCUGGACGAAUAUACUAGACUCGUCCAUGACGUGCGACAACUGCAAAAAGUCAAACUCCCAGUGCACGUUUCAGUUACCAUCGAAAGCACGAGGCCCGAAAAGGAAGACCGAGUACCGACUCAGCGUUUCUGGGUCAGCCCUUUCAGAAGCCGACUUGGGUCUAGAAGCUCAGAGUCCCACUUCGCCACAGUCGUUUUCAAACCCCGGGAGCUCCUUUACAUCGCUUGCAGAGCCUUCUGUGUCACCUGCAAGCUGUAUACUCCCAUAUGCGACUGACAUCCUUUUCCCGCGAGACCUUGUGCGGUUCAUUCUCAACGACUAUGUAACAUACGUUUAUCCACUGAUCCCUGUGAUUCACCGCCCAUCGUUUGAAACAGACCUUGACGGGAAUCGUGACUUACACGAUGAUGAUUUUCUCACAUUGAUCGUCUCUUUAUGCGCCGUUACUGUCGGACUAUUGCCGUCUAGGUUGCAAACCUAUCGCGAGUUCUCAAGUCCCCUGCCAUUCCGCACACGCUCAGAGAUGGCGAACUGCUGUUACAAGCUCAACCAAAGCUUUCGAGACACGACGUAUUUCGAUACGGUCAGUCAUCAAAAACGGGCGAGUAGCUUUCUCCUAGGCGUCACGUUUCAUCAGACGGGCAAUAACAACCUCUGGCGGAUGUUUGAAGUGGAAUCCAUGCAGCUGUUACGUCUGUUGGAAGUGCAGCACAUCUCGAGCUAUGCGGGCUUGGACGCCAUAGAGGUCCAACUGCGCAAAAAGGCUUUUUGGUUGAUGUUCUACGGCUAUUUGCAUCAGAUGCAUAACUUGCGCAACGAGCGGUUGACAUUUCUCGACCCUGUAAUGUCAUGUGAAAUCAAUUUCGAAGACCUCAUGCCGGUUCCCGUGGACGACGAAUAUAUAUCAUCCAGCGGCAUCCUUCCAUGUCCUGAGACUGAAGCCUCUCAGUCUCUGACCUCGGGCUUCAACAUCCAUUCGCGCAUUUUCUCGGCUGCUUUAAGACCUCCAGGUUCGGAUGCCAAGAGGCAUUGCAUCUGCAGCCACGUGCAAGAUCCCGCGGUGCGUCUAGCGUCUCUCCAAGAUAGGGUGCAUCACCUCAAGUUUAUGCUCGACACGGUGUUGCCGGCAUACAGAUCAUGGAACAAGUCCACUACAGCCGCCGCUCCUACUACUUCGCCUGGGCGAGAUAAUGUGGCAAAUAUACAGCGCGAAGCCAUUCGUGCCAAUAUACACGUCACGCAAUUGUGGCUUCAAAUUAUGCUACUUGAUCAAAUUGACACACUUGGCGGCCAGCGUGGAAAGGGAUUCACGAGUCCUUCGAUGGCGUAUUCUACCUCAUCCCCAAGACCACAAGACUUUGCAUCAUGGGAUGAACGCGAAGAUAUCUGUCGACAAUUCCUACAUCUCUUGAAUUCACUCUCUCAACCCAGUCUAGAACCGAAUGGUCUUUCUCUGGUGUACAAAGUCAGAGACGUCGCUGUUUCGCUGUUAUCGUGUCCAUAUGAUCCUUCUGAAGAGCGGACACGGCGAGCAACAGAGUAUCUGCGCGAGUUCGCUAGACUCUUAUCCAUAUUUGAUGCCAGCGAGCAGGUUAACUUAUUAAGUCUGCAGAGUUGGAUUGAUACUAGUCGAGAUAAGCAUACAAUAGAGUUGCAAAUUCCAUUUAACCUGAUGGAGUCAGGAUGA